GCCGCCUGGCCCUCUCGUAGUUGACGGCCACCCAAAGGGGCAAACCCGUCCAUCCACCCACCCGCCCGCCGCGGGCCGGAGCCCCUCCCUCCGGUUCGAACCGCCAUGUCGCGGCUGGACGGCAACACCGACCUGGACGGCGUCGCCAGGCGCCUCAGCUUCUCCUCCGCCUCCCCGGGCCAGCUGCCGCCCCUCCCGCCCCGCACGUCCCGGAGGCAGCCGGCUCUCCCGCCGAUCGCGGAGGACCCACGGGAGCAGCAGUCGGCGUCGACGGCGACGACGCAGACGCCCCCGUCGUCGCAGGCGCCUCGCGCGACGACGCGCGGGAGGUUCACGGUCUACACGGAGGCACCGCCGUCCGUGCCCCACACGCAGGCGGCCCCCGUACCCCCCGCGCCGUCGACGUCGCCGCUCGAGACGCACCAGGCGACCCCCGUAGCCCCCGCGGCGUCGACGUCGUCGCUUCAGACGCUGCAGGCGGUCGCGGCCGCGUUGGGGCGGUUGGAGCAGCAACGCCAGGCCGGGCUGCAGCAGGCGUCGGUGGCGGCGCAGCAGCAGCAGGCGUUUGUGGCCGCGUACGAGGGAUGGGAGCGGGGGCGUCAAGCCGGGCUGCAGCAGCAGCCGUGGGCGCAUCAGGCGUGGGCGCAGCCGCAGGCGGAGCAGCAGGUGAGGCUGUACACGGCGGAAGGGGAACCGGCGGGGUACGCGACCAAGUGGGAGGAGCUCCAUCCGGUGUCCCAGCACCUUCUCCUGCAAAUCGAGGACAAGAUAAGGGAUGAGAGGCCUGCGUGUGAGCAGGUGGAACAAUGCAGGCGCCUCAGUGACCCGUCAGUCUCCAACAAGGGUUUCGAAUUGGAUGCUCGUCAGAUUACCCAGGAGAUUGGAUUAAUCUCCACCAUCAUCGACAGAGAGAAGGCUUCCAUUCAGAGCUUAAUGGCUGAUGUCAGAGAAAUAGUGUCACAUGUGGAUUUUGCUAUAUGUGCAUAUGGAAAAGUGAGACAAAGGUUCGUCAGCGAAGGUGCUGCACUUGCAUAUUGUGCUGGAUCUUCAAGCGCUCCUACUGAUUUCAGUCAUCACUCGACAAUGGCCCGAACCUUUCGUAACUGUUAUGCUUCUGUAUAUCGGCCUUCUCUCUUUAUGCAACACAUUGUUGAAAGAUUUGAGAAGCAGCUUGAAGAAUGUUGCAAAUUGAUUGGAGAGCUAGAGCAGCUUGUAAAAACGAAGAAUGAUAAAACCCAUCCAGGUUCUUUGAAAUCUCUGCCAAAAGUUAUGUCGAAUGUGCAUGAUUAUCUUAUCUUUGUUGCUUCUAAGGUGGAAAAUCUUCAUCAACAUGCCGAAACAAUAAGAACUCAAUAUCUUAAUGAUCUGCGAAACAGUGGUAACUGGAAUGAUCCAUUUGUUGAAGCGGAUAGAAAAGAGGCAGCGAAACAAGAAGCUGCUGCCAGAAUAGUCCAUCCAACAUUGCCUGUAACUAGUGGCAACACCCGAAGCAGGCGCCAGAUGUGUAGUUGAAUCAGCUUCAGAUCAGUCCUUUGUCAUGUUGCUCGUGGGCGGCAAUGGAUGGAUGGCGUGCGUAAUCGGUGACCUCGACUGCGACUGGGGAGGGAAGCUGCGGAGAAGCAACCAGUUGGGAACGAACGAGCGGUCAACUUUAGCUUGCUUGGCCUGGCUUUUAGGAGGAGGAGACGGUGGCACGUAGUGUAUUCUAGUGCGAAUAUGCGUGCUUCAGGUCCUUGUCCCAGUUCGGAUGUGGCACGAUUCAGUCGGGUCGUACAGGUUCCCUCCCGGCUAGUGGCUGGUGCCACAGGAGGCAUCCCGAUUUGCUACCUUCUUUGAUUCCCAGCCUGGGAUUCUCUGUUUUUCCUUUUGGCAUCUAUGCCUGGAUUUUUCGGUUUUUGAACCGUGCAUAGGUGUGCUAGUGGAUCGUAGAUGUGAUUACUGUGUGACCAGAUAGAUAGAUAGGGAUAAAAGUUGCACAGAAACUGUACAGGAGUUGACGGGGAGCAAACUCCCUCAAAAUAGCGCUUACGAUGUGUGGAUAUAACAGUUCCGCCAGAAGAAGAAAAAGUGGAUGUAACAAUUCGGUUAUCAUCUGUUUUUGCGCCUCGUUUGAAUUGAUCAUGGGGUGUGAAAACUGUA